UACUGGUGGAUCUGCAUGUGUGUGCGUGUGAGUUGCCGCUUAUCACGCCACAUCCCCUCCCUCGCGAUUACAAUCGUCUCCCACUCGUUUAUCCGGCGGUUUCCCGCGCGGGUGGGUGUUGUUUUCUGUCUCUCUCUCCUUCCCACAUCAGACUUCGUUCUGUCAGUCCACACGGCCGGUCGUGGUUCCACGCUCUUGUCCUCUCAGGAGGCAUUCGCUACUGUCUCCGCCACGACUUUGCUUGCGCCACCAGCACCAUGCGGACUCUGAAAGAGAGUAGUUGGAUGAAAUUUGGACCGGCCGGCCGGGGAACCUACGACUGGGUGACGGGGGCUCCAUCGCCACCUCCUCUGGAGAAGCAACUCCAGGGUUACCAUUGGAACGAGCUCUCCAACAAUGAGGACACCAGUUCUGAGAUUAUCCUCUACAUCGUCCUGUCUGCAACGACCCUUCUCGCUCUCUGCAUCUUGGUGUUACUUCUCUAUCGUGGGUGCUCGCGGAGCAAGCUGAGCCUCGCCAACGUCAUCGCGCUGGACUUCCAGGACGCCGAGAGCGGAGUCGAGAUCCUCUCCUCGCUCACCGGCAAGUCCGAGAGGCUUCCGAGCACCAGUUCCGACGUGUCCGACGGCGUUUUCCUCAUGGUGUACCUGCCGCCGCCCUACGAAGAGACGCUCACCAAGAUCACGCGGGCCGCAAGCCUAACCAGCUCCAAAGACGUUGACUUCAUGAAGAUAGAGGACCUGGAGGCCAAGCUCUGCCCGGAAAUUAAAUCCAGCGGGCGCUACGUGUGACUGUUGGGGUAGUGGGGCUCAAAUUAACCAUUCAACCGCUAAUUUCAGUUAAGAUUUCUGUCAAUCUUCAUUUGUUUUUUCGCAGAUUUAAUGCCCAACAGUCGAUAAGCAAUGCUGAGUAGCCACGAAAAGGAGAACGAAUUGUGCUGGACAAUGGGGUUCCAACCUCAGCCUAAUGUAUGGGAUGCUGGAAACCACACCAUUGUCUUUGGAUUAGACUACUUAAUAACCACCUGAGCAGCCAGCAGGUAUUGCUCUUGCAUGGGGCCACGGGACAACUCACUCUCCGGAGAAUGGUCGACUAUGAGACGUAGUCCUAGGAAGUAAGACUGUGAUGAGGUAUUGGGGUAGACAUGUGUAAUCUGGUCCAGUGCAGGGGAUCAACUCAUGGCUGUGUGCAACAUACUUUGGUCAUAUUAGUCCUUUUAGCUUAACGAAUGUCAGUUUUCACUUGGUCAUUCAGGCUUGAGACAAGUCUGUUUCAAAAUGCAAGGGAAGAUGUCGGGUCAAGUUAGCUAUUAUACUUAAAGUGUAAUGCCCAUUUUCCAUUUAAUUUUUACUUCCACCCAUAAUUUAUCUAUCUAUCUAUCUAUCUAUCUAUCUAUCUAUCUAUCUCUUUGCAUCAUCAUCUGAUUGUGUCUGCAUAAUGUGAAUGUAUAACAUUGAUUGUAA